UUUGCGAGCAGAGACAGAGGCAGAGCAACCAACGUCUCGCGAAAUUCUGAAGUCUAAAUGAACUCUCUAGUCAGCCAGGAGGGUCGAUGGGUGGUUAAUUGAUCACUCGCAACCCCAGAAGAUUUGUAUAGAAUUACUCCAUCAGCCAGGAUUGACCACUGCCACCGGGAUCAACGCUGGCCCGGUCGGGAGCGACGAGCCGAGGUCGAAGAAGACGAGCGCAGCCAGCCAGCCGAAGACGACCGCCGCCCGAGCGCAAGCCCGCUCAAACCCAUCGUCUCCGCAUCGUCGUCUCCUCCGUCCUCCCCCGUUAUAUUAGAGCCACAUCGAGACUGCACUGGCCACCACGCACCACCUCGAAUCCGUCGCCCUCCUCUUCCCAGCCGAGGCCACCCAUCGACGCCCGCCCUCCUCCCCGCGGCGAACUCGCAGACCUCCUGGCUGGCUUCCUCCCGCUGAAGCGAAUUCCCCUCGUAGCGGCCCCCCUCCCUCUAGACUGGCGGCAGAGUGGAGAUCCAUCGGGGCUUGGUUGAUUCCUUCGUGUGUCGGCCCGCCCUGCCCUGCCCUGGUCUCGGCUUUGGAUUCCGCUCUUCCGCGAUCGAUCUGAUUCAUUGACGAGCUUGGGACGCUAAGUUUUCCAUCUCGUGCUACGAGAAUCUCUCCCCGGGACAUGGACAUGGCAUUGCCAGUUGUGAAUGCCACCGUGGCGGUGCUUGCUCGUGUCUCCGCUGCAUUCAACGCCCCCCUUGCCCGUGCAGUCGUCUUCGGGGUCCAUAUCGAUGGGCACUUGGUUGUGGAAGGGCUUCUUAUUGCGGUCAUAGUGUUUCAGCUUUCCAGGAAGAGCUACAAACCCCCAAAGAAGCCACUCACUGAAAAGGAGAUUGAUGAGCUAUGUGAUGAUUGGGAGCCGGAACCUCUAUGUCCUCCGAUCAAGGAUGGAGCCCAAACCGACUCUCCAGUGUUGGAAAGUGCUGCUGGACCGCAUACAAUCGUCGAUGGUAAAGAAGUUGUCAACUUUGCGUCAGCAAACUACCUUGGUUUAAUUGGCAACAAGAAGAUUAUUGAUUCUUGUGUUGGUUCAUUGGAGAAAUAUGGCGUUGGGUCUUGUGGUCCACGCGGCUUUUAUGGGACAAUUGAUGUCCACCUUGACUGUGAGGCAAAAAUAGCUAAAUUCCUGGGAACUCCGGACUCCAUUCUGUAUUCAUAUGGGAUUUCUACAAUAUUCAGUGUGAUACCUGCCUUUUGUAAGAAAGGAGAUAUCAUAGUCGCUGACGAGGGUGUUCACUGGGCAGUGCAAAAUGGUCUCCAUCUAUCAAGAAGCACUGUAGUGUACUUCAAGCACAAUGAUAUGGCUUCACUUGCAAGAACUUUGGAAAAACUUACUCGUGGAAAUAAACGUGCUGAAAAGAUUAGACGCUACAUUGUUGUAGAAUCCAUCUACCAGAAUUCUGGUCAAAUUGCCCCCUUGGAUGAGAUUGUCAGAUUGAAGGAGAAAUAUCGAUUCCGCGUUAUUCUGGAGGAGAGUCAUUCUUUUGGUGUGCUUGGCAGGUCCGGGCGCGGCCUUGCUGAGCAUUAUGGAGUUCCAAUUGAAAAAAUUGAUAUCAUCACUGCUGGAAUGGGAAAUGCAUUAGCUACUGAUGGUGGCUUCUGCACUGGAAGUGUCAGAGUUGUUGACCAUCAGCGUCUAAGCAGCGCUGGGUAUGUUUUCUCUGCCUCGCUGCCACCUUAUCUUGCCACUGCUGCUGUUUCUGCUGUCAAUUUCCUGGAGGAGAAUCCCUCAGUUCUUGCAAACCUAAGGAGCAAUAUUGAUCUUUUGCAUAAAGAACUGUCGGAUGCUCCAGGGCUUGAAAUUUGUAGCCAUGUUCUGUCACCUAUAGUCUUUCUUAAGCUGAAGAAAUCGACAGGUUCUCCAACCACCGACCUAGAUCUUUUUGAGACUAUUGCUGAGAGGAUGUUGAAGGAAGAUUCAGUUUUCAUUGUGACAUCAAAGAGGUCAAAUUUGGACAGGUGCAAGCUUCCUGUUGGAAUCCGCCUGUUUGUAUCAGCAGGCCAUACCGAAUCAGACAUCUCCACACUAUCCUCAUCCUUGAAAAGGGUUUCAGCAUCAGUUCUUUCAGACUACUUUUGAUCCACACCGGAUUCCCUUAAGACGAAAUCGAUCCUUUCCUACGCGCUGUGUACUCUAGGCCGUGUGUGUUUGGUAAAUGUACAUAACCUGUGCAUUUCUACAUCUGAUGAAUUCAUCUUGUUGUUGCUCAUACCCACAGUACUUGCAAAAUAAAAUUUUUGUAGAGCAGUGAUGUUGGAGAAUGGUGCUCUUGUGCUGUACACCUGGCUGAUUUCCUAGCACUAGUGAUUUUCCCUGUAAA